UUCCAAUGGAGUUGUGAUAUACGAAAAGAGCAGUUCAAGCUCCCAAUUCCCAUACCAAAUCAGUACUGACCAUUUUAUCUUCCUGAACAUACAGACCACUAAAUUAUACAGCUUAGUAGUUAAGAAUUAAGAUUAAUCUUCAACAAAAUUGUACUGAUAAAGAACCUGGUUCUUUAGUCACUGUACAUUUUUUGGGGACUAUAAGAUCUGAAGAAACCGAAGAGUGAAGUGGUUGUGGAGAAGAUCCAUGAUUUCUAGCAUUUUCUGAAUCCCAAAAGCCCAAAAGAGACCCAUUUUACUGUGCUUGCUUGUUAGAUCUUCAGUUUUUUUGGUAUAAUAAAGUAGUGAGUUGGAUCAGUUACUAUUGUUUAAUUUAGAAAUGGAGACGUUUCUUGUUGUUGCUCAGCAUAAGAAUCAUUACUAUGAUAGAACUAGGGAUCAAGUUCCUGUUAGAUUUGGUUCCUUUGGGUCACCUCUUUCUGUUGGUUUUAAAGAGAUCAAUUGCCGGAGUUUUGAGUCUGGUGUCGGUAUACUUCCUACCCCAUCAAGGUCAUGCUCCACACCCAUCAGUGGAAAAGCUAGAAUUCCCGGUAGUUCAUACUCUGAAGGUUCAUACAAGUCGAAAAAAUCAGCCUUGAGUAGUGCGAUUUCGAUUCCAAUUGACAUCAAAGUUGGUGAUGGUAUGCGAAAGGUAGAGUCUUUGAAUGAUGAAUUUGGUUAUUCUGAACUAUGGGCUGGUCCAGCUUAUUCGAAUUCGCCGCCCCCUAGUUCUUUGCCAAUCCCCAAAUUUUCGGGUAAGCCUAAAAGGACGGUUUCCCUUGACCUGCCUAGUUCACCUUCUGAUAUUGAUUUGCCUCCUUUUGCCAAAUCUGCACCUGCAUCCCCGACAAGGGAGCGCAGUCCAUGUCCUGGAGUUUUAUGUGAUAGUACUGACUCUGCAACACAGACUCUCCGUCGCAUUCUCAAUCUUGAAAUUAUGGAUUGAAGAAUGUUUGGUGAGGGGCUAGUAAAGAAUAAAUAAGGCAGUUGUCUAGUUUGCAAGUUUGUUUUAGUAGAUUGUAUAUAAGUGAAUAUAUCAGUCUUUACCUUGACUUGGUAAUAGUUGCUUAGGGUUUGUUGUGGUGGAGAGCAGCUUUGGUUCAAUGGUGGAAGAGUUACAAUAGUUGUUAUAGUGGGUUGGUUGAGGUUAUGAGAGAUGAUGAACAAUGGCGGGUAGAUCAACAUUUCCAGGUAGAUUGAAAGUUGAUUAAUCUUAUGUGCAGACGUGGUUAAAUUCAGUGGUGGUGCGACAGCAUGGUGGUGUGUUCGAGGGGAGUUCGACUGACAGAAGAAACUAUUUCAGUAUUCAGUAUAUUGGUAGUUCUUUACUGAGCUGCAAGGAUUCGUUGCGCAAUGAUCUUUGAUGCUUUUUCAGAUCACCACAUUACCUGUGAUGUUGAAUUCUCAUUCUUUAUUAUACUCUUGUUAAGAGGUUGUUCUUUCCUUUUGUCUUCAUAAUCAGUUAGGUUUUGAGUUUGUCAAACAUAUUGUACAUAUACUAGAGCUCCGAUCAGAUUUGGUAGACAGCUAAGUUUCAGACUUUUGUUUUAUACACUGACCAAAUUCUUGGCCCUCUAUCUUGAACUUAGGACCCUUCUCUCUAUUUCUUUGCAAUUCAAUAUCAAAAUACUACUGUGUAGUGUAUUAGGUAUCUUCUUUACUCCGUAAAAUCCAUGACGCCUGAAUUGGCCGGUCAGCGAUCAUUUCAUCAGUUUUUUUGUUUGUUUUCGUUAACCUUGAAUAGGAUCUGACUCAAUACUUUCCCCCUCUCAAAGUUGUUUUCCCCUUCACCAUUUUCUGUUUUUUUGGAAUGAAAAUUGGUAAGUGGGACGUAAAAGUUCAGUUAUAUCCUUUUCUGCUCCUACUCUUGGGUAAGUUGCCUAUUGAACAUUCCUCCGAAUGGGUCUAAUUAGUUCUCCUAAGUAGUUGGUCCAAAUGUUUUUCUGCUAAAGGUUUCAUUUUGCCUCGGGAGAUUGUUGAUCGUACCUGGCUUUUGACAAAGGUAAGCUAUUUCCCUUUUACAAUGGGACACACUUUUCUUUUUAAGAAUGAUCUUUAGUUCUGUAUCUAACUCUUGCUGUGUGUGUUACUUAUAAAUUCUGUUUGCUGUUUUUUUCUGUACAGGACCUUGUUUGGAGUUCGAAGAAGAUUGUUGAAGAGGCUGUUCUCUAUGUUUUCUAGUUUGUAGCGUUACAUCUUUCGUUGCGUCUUCACUAUGGAUUUUCUCCUAGUACUUGCAAAACUGAUAAUAUGCCAUGAUUAUCUAGUUAUGUUAUGUUUUGAUCUUUGAUCUAUUAAGUCUACUUUUGCUGUGGCUGUAAGGUUAUCCUUGGUGGCAUUGACAGUGGUAAUUGCUUUUCUGUUAUUUGCAUUCCCAGAUUGUGUGUUUUCAGGGUGAAGUUAUAUUAUCCCCUAAGAACUUUCAGUUGAAUGAAAAAUGUUUUCUUUGAUUUUGGAAA